AUUAUUGUAGAGGGAGGUAAAGAGGUAAAUCCUAGUAAUCAGACAGUGAUCCAUAACACAUCACGGCAACACACAGGAGGAGAGAGAGAGAGAAGGGUUAGGAAGAGAAGAUGGCAGAGCGGGGUGGCGGAGGAGGGUGUUGCCCGCCGAUGGAUCUGUUACGGGCAGAGCCGAUGCAACUGGUUCAACUCAUCAUCCCCAUCGAGUCGGCUCACCAGACCGUCGCUUAUCUCGGUGACCUCGGCCUCAUCCAGUUCAAAGAUCUGAAUGCAGAAAAGAGUCCUUUCCAGAGAACUUAUGCCACUCAGAUUAAAAGAUGCGCUGAGAUGGCGCGGAAGUUGCGAUAUUUCAGGGAAGAGAUGUCGAGGGCAGGUUGGUCACCUGCAACAAAGCCUGUGGGACGAGCUGAUAUUGAUAUGGAUGACUUGGAGGUAAAACUUGGAGUACUUGAAGCUGAGCUAAUUGAAAUGAAUGCAAACGGAGACAAGUUGCAGCGUUCCUACAGUGAACUUUUAGAAUAUAAGAUUGUUCUGCAGAAGGCUGGUGAAUUUUUCUACUCAGCCCAAAAUAGUGCUACAGCUCGGCAGAGAGAAUUCGGAUCACAGCAGAUUGGUGAAGAGUCCUUAGACACUCCUCUGCUAUUGGAGCAAGAAAUGACAGCUGAUUCAUCCAAGCAAGUUAAGUUGGGUUUUCUCACUGGCCUUGUUCCUAGGGAAAAAUCCAUGGCAUUUGAACGGAUUAUAUUUCGUGCUACCAGGGGUAAUGUGUUCACGAAGCAAAUUGUCCUUGAGGACUCUGUUAUUGAUCCUGUGACUGGGGAAAAGGUUGAUAAAAAUGUAUUCAUGGCAUUCUAUUCUGGCGAGAGAGCAAAGAACAAAGUUACUAAAAUAUGUGAAACUUUUGGUGCAAAUCGUUACCCUUUUCCUGAGGACUUGGGGAAACAAAAUCAGAUGCUCACUGAGGUCUCGGGAAGGCUGUCAGAGCUAAAGACUACAAUAGAUGCUGGACUAAUGCACCACAGCAAUUUGUUGAAAACAAUUGGUGAACAAUAUGAGCAGUGGGCGCUUUUGGUGAUGAGGGAGAAAUCCAUUUACCAUACUCUAAAUAUGCUUAGUAUUGAUGUGACAAAGAAGUGUCUCGUGGGAGAAGGUUGGAGUCCUGCUUUUGCAGCAAAGCAGAUUCAGGAUGCACUGCAGAGGGCAUCAUAUGAUGCCAACUCUCAAGUUGGUGCCAUUUUCCAGAUUUUGCAUACAAAAGAGUCACCGCCUACUUAUUUUCAGACAAACAAAUUCACUUCUGCUUUUCAGGAGAUUGUUGAUGCAUAUGGGGUGGCAAAAUAUCAAGAAGCAAAUCCUGGUGUAUUCACUGUUGUCACGUUCCCCUUUCUUUUCGCAGUCAUGUUUGGUGAUUGGGGGCAUGGUAUAUGUUUGUUACUUGGGACAUUAUAUUUCAUAAUCAGGGAAAAGAAACUCUCUGGUCAGAAGCUUGGAGACAUCACAGAAAUGACCUUUGGUGGUCGCUAUGUGAUUUUGAUGAUGGCACUCUUUUCAAUCUACACAGGCUUGAUUUAUAAUGAGUUCUUCUCUGUCCCGUUUGAACUAUUUGCUCGUUCAGCCUAUGCUUGCCGUGAUCUUUCUUGCAGGGAUGCUACUACUGCAGGCUUGAUUAAGGUGGGUGACACAUAUCCAUUUGGUGUGGACCCUGUCUGGCAUGGUUCCCGCAGUGAGUUGCCAUUCCUCAGUUCGUUAAAGAUGAAAAUGUCAAUACUUCUCGGGGUAGCCCAGAUGAACCUUGGAAUCUUUUUGAGCUAUUUCAAUGCCAAGUUCUUCCGCAAUAGCCUGAAUAUCUGGUUCCAAUUUGUUCCCCAGCUGAUAUUUUUAAAUAGCCUGUUCGGUUACCUUUCCCUCCUCAUCAUUGUAAAAUGGUGCACUGGUUCAAAAGCUGAUUUAUAUCACGUAAUGAUAUAUAUGUUCCUCAGUCCCACUGACGAACUUGGGGAAAACGAGCUUUUUGCUGGCCAGAGAACAGUUCAGCUUGUACUGCUGCUGCUGGCCCUCGUUGCUGUUCCGUGGAUGCUGCUCCCAAAGCCUCUUCUUUUGAAGAAACAGCAUGAAGAUAGACACCGCGGUCAGUCCUACGUGCCACUUCAAGGCACAGAAGAUUCAUUACAAUUGGAGGCAAGUCAUGAUUCCCAUUCUCAUGGGGAGGAAUUUGAGUUUAGUGAAAUUUUCGUCCAUCAACUUAUACAUACGAUAGAGUUUGUACUUGGAGCAGUCUCAAAUACAGCUUCAUACCUUCGUUUGUGGGCCCUCAGCCUUGCCCACUCGGAGUUGUCCACCGUAUUCUAUGAGAAGGUUCUUCUUCUUUCUUGGGGGUACAACAAUAUAAUCAUCUUUAUUGUGGGCAUCAUUAUUUUCAUUAGUGCAACUGUUGGUGUGUUGUUGGUGAUGGAAACUCUCAGUGCGUUCCUACAUGCGUUACGUCUUCAUUGGGUGGAGUUCCAAAAUAAGUUUUAUGAGGGAGAUGGUUACAAGUUCCUUCCCUUCUCUUUUGCGUUACUUAGUACUGAGGAGGAAUAGGAUUAUGAAACCUGACAAUGCUGUUGGAAAGUCGGGUUCAUAGUGUGCAUAAGUACGGGCUUUUAUUGAUUCUUUCAUUUGGAGAAAUAUGUAUUGGGAAGCAAAAUGCCAAGUAUUAACUUAAGAGUCAUGCAGGCAAGGGAGAUGGAACCUUUGCAAGAGCCCCUUCCCAACCCUAGCAUUUGUUGCUCUUAUUUAUUUAGCCCCCCAAUAAGCAAGUCUCAUAGCGAGGCUUGCAGCUAUUUAUGGUGACUAUACAAUGUAUUGUGAUUUAGUUGUUUUCUUUCUUUCUUUUUAUUUUCGCACUUUUUUGUUUUUUAUUUCGGUUGGUUGGUUGAGAUUGUGUGAUGAGCUUUCAAUGUGAUCAUAUAUUUAUUUC